AUGGAUUUUAAUUUUGUAAAAGAAAUUGAAUGUAAUCAAGGAGGAGUAAGAGCUGUUCGUUUUAGUGUUGAUGGUUCAUAUUGUGUAACAUGUGGUUCAAAUAGAACAAUAAAACUUUGGAAUCCUCAUCGUCAUGCAUUAUUAAAAACAUAUUUUGGACAUGGUGAUGAAGUACUGGAUGCAUGUACAGCAUGUGACAGUAGUCAAAUAGUAUCAUGUGGUGUUGAUAAAUCAGUGAUACUUUGGGAUGUAGCAACUGGUACACCAUUACGUAGAUAUCGUGGUCAUGCCAGUAGUGUAACAACAGUAAGAUUUAAUGAAGAAUCAUCAAUGGCAAUAUCUGGAUCACGUGAUAAUUCUGUUAUGUUUUGGGACAUGCGUUCAAAAUCAAUAACACCAGUACAAACAUUAAACGAUGCCAAGGAUUCAAUUUCAAGUAUAAGAAUAUCUGAUCACGAAAUUCUAUCAGCCUCUUAUGAUUGUAAAAUAAGAAGAUAUGACAUACGUGUUGGACAAUUAUCAACAGAUUGUCUUGGUGAACCAGUCACAUGUGCUAGUUUUACACGUGAUGGACAAUGUAUUGUUGCAAGUUGUGCUGAUGGUUCUGUUAGAUUAUUAGAUAAAGAUUCUGGCGAAUUACUUGGUGAAUUUACUGGACAUACUGUUGAUAAUUUAUGUCUUGAAUCAAGUGUUGAUUGUUAUGAUACAAAAAUAAUGUCAGGUUCUGCUGAUGGUAAAUUAUGGAUAUGGGAUUUAGUUAGUCAAAAUGUCAUUGCAAAACUUGUUGGUGAUAAAUUAUCAAAACAUGCAACUGUAUCAGUAGCUGUACAUCCACAAGAAAAUUGUAUUAUUGCUGCAAAUGGUGCCAGUAUUUUAAUGUGGUCAGAAAAUAAAAAAGAUAUUUAAAAAAAACAUUUCAUAUUUCUCUUUUUUUUUUUUUCUCUUCUUGCUGAAUAAAAUUGUACGUGCUGACACCUGGUGUAGAUUGACGAAUAGUAUAUGUGUGUGUGUGUUUAACUGUUUAUGUUUAUGUUGUUGUCCUUGUCAAUGGUUCAAUGUCCAAGUCACAAUUGUGGUGGGCAAGUUGUUGUUGAUUACUCUACUCCAUUUUUAUUGAUUAUUAUUUAAGAUAUUUCUACGCAUAUAUAAAUAUAUUUUUUUGUUUUAAACUGAUCAUCAUUGUCAUCGUCCAAAGUACAUUAUAAACUGGUUAUUUCUUUUUUAUAAUAAAUAAUAAUUUAAUUAUCAACACUCAGGCGUUGGCUAGACCAAAUCAAUCCAGUUAUUUCAACGUUCGACAUUAAUUACAUCAAUUG